AGAAUGUCUGAGGUUGAGGCUGAGGAAGUGAAGUUACAUAUCAAGGUUGUGACGAAUAAGGAGAAGACGAAGGUACUAUUUGCAGAAGCUGGCAGCGAUUUCACAGACGUGUUGUUAAGUUUCCUACUUUUGCCAUUGGGAACAAUCAUGAAUGUCCUCGAGAAGCACUACGGAGACAAGACACCUGUUAUUGGAAGCUUGAACACUCUUUACAAUGGUGCAGCAAAUCUUGAUAUCAUCCAUUUCCGGUCAGCAGCUUCUAAGGAAAAGCUGCGCAUUCCUCCACCAUGUUACCUGAUACUAAUGCAUAGACUAAAGCUCAAUGUCCACUUAACUCAGCCCCCAAAUUUCAAACCUAGGAAUCCAUAUGAUGGAGUUUUAACUGAGGGUGAAGCUUCUUUCUUAAUCAGUGAUGAUCUCCACGUAUUGCCUAAUGCGGGUGGCUCCAUCAUGAAAACUCUCAGCACUCUCGGCAUUUCUGCAACAGAUAUGGAAGGCGUGGAGACAAGGGAUAUGACAUUCGGAUUGAAUGAGAUUAUGGCUCUAUUGAAGGAAUCAUUGAUUUCCUCGAAUCCACUCACUGCCCUCGUUUUCCCUGGGAGACAGAUGAUCUUAGCAACAGAGGGGCAUAUUUUGCUACGCCAGAUUGACCAGAAACUCACAUCUAUGAAUCCCAAGAAGAUGAUUUUACAAGUCAUGCUUGAAAAAUCUACUAAAAAGUUGGUUUUUUCUCAGGCAGAUUAUAAUUUCAUAGAUUUCCUUUUCUGCAUGCUCACUGUUUUAGUAGGAAGAGUUGAGUGGUUUUUGGGCAGCAACACUGUUUUCAAGAGUAUUAAUAAUUUGCAUAGGAGUAUAGCUGAUACUAGUAAGAACAUGCAUCUGAAAACGUCACGCAUCAAAGACUUGCUAAUCAAGUGCAACCCUACUUCUGGUGAGUUCUGUUGUUUGAAUUUUAACUCGGAUGAGAAUCAAUGUCAUGUUAAGCAAGCGAGAAUGUAUAUGGUACGUGAUGACUUAACUGUUGCACCGUUUGGGGUAACCUCCUAUCUUUCUGUUCUCAACGAGUUGAAAAUUUCUUUGUCUGAUGUCGAAGAACUGGAGCUGCAAGUCGGGGUGGAAGAGGGUUUAAGCCUAGUGAAAGCGGCUCUUACCUCGACCACUGCUUUGACAGAUGGCCUCAUCAAACCCUUUCUGAAGAAAAAAGCUCAUCCAGAAAUGGAGGUGUCGAAGAAAAAACCGAAGCUCGAAUGCUGAAUAGGAUAUGGAUCAGUGGAUUGUUUUUAGGUGCUGCCAUUUUCUGGAACUCUGCUUAUUAUGGAUAGAUUUACCUAACUGAAAACAAAUGAUUUUGGUGUAAUCUGCGCUGCUUGUUAUGAAUAAAUCCAGCAGAAAACAAAUGAUUUUGGUGGGAUUUUAUCAUUUUGUGUAAUCUGCUCUGCUAUGGAUAUAUCUGUGUAGCUGAAAACAAAUGAUUUUGGUGGGAUUUUGAUGUAAUCUAGCAGAAAACAAAUUCACUGCUUAACAGCAAGGAUACGUGCGACACUUGUGUGUUGGUCUAGC